UCAUUCUCUCUCACUUUAUUUCCUUCCAUCAAUGGCGGCCUUCUAAUCUUCUUCUUCUUCAGACAUUUUUCUUCGAUUAUUCAUAGAUCUUCUCUUACUCUCCUUCACACACUUUUCUACACCCGUCCACAGAUCUUUAAGAAAGCUGUGGCGGUUGGAUCAGCUGGGAGCCGUCUCCUUUGCUUCAAGCUUCAGCAAUCGUCAUUUCGGCUAAGCCCUGAGUAGAAAUUAUCUCCUCCUUAGCCUGAUUGAUUGCGGAGCUCCUUCUGCGGCUCUGCUUUUCUCCUCAGCAAGUAUUCUUCCAGUACUCCGCCUUCGGAAGGUUCUCAGUAGAGAACUUCUGAGUUUUUGUCAAAUUACGCAUAUGGCAACCUCUGGUCAAGACACAGCAACAGAUGUUGGGAAGAGUUUUGCUAGAAGAGAUAAACUUCUUGAGAUUGAGACAAAGGUACAGAAGUGGUGGGAUGAAAAGGAAGUCUUCAGAGCUGAACCUUUAGAUGCACCUCCUGGUCCGGGCGAAAAAUUCUUUGGCAACUUUCCUUUUCCUUACAUGAAUGGUUAUCUUCACUUGGGUCACGCCUUUUCUCUUUCAAAGCUCGAGUUUGCUGCGGCAUAUCACAGGCUAAGAGGUGCUAAUGUCCUCUUACCUUUUGCAUUUCAUUGCACUGGGAUGCCCAUCAAGGCGUCGGCUGACAAACUUCGUCGAGAGAUGGAUAAAUAUGGUUAUCCCCCAGUUUUUCCUGAAGAGAAAAUUGAAGAGAUAAUAAAGCUAGAGGAAGUUAUUGCAGAAAACCAGUCAGUUCCUGAUAAAUUCAAGGGGAAGAAAUCUAAGGCAACAGCAAAGGCUGGUGGGGAUAAAUACCAAUGGCAAAUAAUGCAAAGUUAUGGUCUAUCUGAUGAGGAGAUUGCAAACUUUGCAAAUCCAUAUAACUGGCUAUCUUAUUUCCCCCCUCUAGCUGUUGAAGACCUUAAGGCAUUUGGCUUAGGCUGUGAUUGGAGACGGACUUUCAUUACAACUGACAUGAAUCCGUAUUUCGAUUCAUUUGUGCGGUGGCAAGUGAAAAAGUUAAAGAAGUUGGGUAAAAUAGUCAAGGAUUUGAGACACACAAUUUAUUCACCAUUAGAUGGCCAACCCUGUGCAGAUCAUGAUCGGGCGUCAGGUGAGGGUGUCAUUCCUCAAGAGUAUACUCUUAUCAAGAUGGAAGUCAUUUCACCUUUCCCCCCUAAGAUGUCUGUUUUGGAGGGUAGAAGAGUAUAUCUUGCUGCUGCAACUCUCAGACCAGAGACUAUGUAUGGACAAACCAAUGCCUGGGUUCUGCCUGAUGGAAAAUAUGGAGCAUAUGAAAUUAAUGAAACUGAUGUUUUUAUAGUUACAGAAAGGGCAGCACUUAAUCUGGCAUACCAAAGGUUAUCGCGUGUUCCUGAGAAACCUACGUGUUUGUUGGAGCUGAGCGGGAACGAUCUGCUAGGUUUGCCUUUGAGAUCCCCUUUAUCUUUCAACGAGGUCAUAUACUCCUUACCUAUGUUGUCAAUUCUAACUGACAAGGGUACUGGGAUCGUUACAAGUGUACCCAGUGAUUCCCCUGAUGAUUUCAUGGCUCUUCAUGACUUGAAAUCGAAACCAGCUUUCAGAGAAAAGUUUGGUUUGAAAGAUGAGUGGGUCUUGCCGUUCAACAUUAUUCCGAUUAUAAACACUCCCGAAUUUGGGGAUAAAUCUGCUGAGAAAAUUUGCUUGGAUAUGAAAAUAAAGAGCCAGAAUGAGAAGCAGAAACUGGAAGAGGCCAAGAAGAAAAUCUAUAAAGGAGGAUUCUACGAGGGAACCAUGAUUGCAGGUGAAUAUUCUGGAAUGAGAGUCCAAGAAGCAAAGAGCCUGAUUAAAAACAAGAUUUUGGAGGAGGGUUUGGCUUUGAUCUAUAGUGAACCAGAGAAGAAAGUAAUGUCGAGAUCUGGUGAUGAGUGUGUUGUGGCACUAACCGAUCAAUGGUAUAUUACUUAUGGAGAAACUGAAUGGCAAAAGAAGGCCGAAGAAUGCUUAGCUUCAAUGGGUCUCUUCUCUGACGAGACAAGGCACGGAUUCGAGCACACGCUAAGUUGGCUUAAUCAAUGGGCUUGCUCUCGAAGUUUUGGGUUAGGCACUCGCAUUCCAUGGGAUGAAGAAUUUCUUGUGGAGUCCUUAUCUGAUUCCACUCUUUACAUGGCAUAUUACACUGUGUGCCACCACUUACAGAAGGGCGAUAUGUAUGGAUCUGAUACUUCAUCUGUUAAACCAGAACAGCUUACAGAAGAUGUCUGGGAAUUCUUGUUUGGCAAUGGCCCAUUUCCGGAAUCGUCAACUAUACCUUCGUCUCUUCUUCAUAAGAUGAAAAACGAAUUUGAGUACUGGUAUCCUUUUGACCUCCGUGUUUCAGGUAAGGAUCUAAUCCAGAACCAUCUUACCUUCUGCAUAUACAACCACACUGCACUUCUUCCAAGACAUCAAUGGCCAAAAGCGUUCAGAUGUAACGGUCAUAUCAUGUUAAACUCAGAGAAAAUGUCAAAAUCAACUGGAAAUUUCAGGACCUUACGCCAGGCCAUUCAGGAAUUCUCUGCCGAUGCCACUAGGUUCUCUUUAGCCGACGCUGGAGAUGGAAUGGACGAUGCCAACUUUGUGUUUGAAACCGCUAAUGCUGCAAUAUUGCGUCUAACAAAGGAAAUCGCAUGGAUGGAGGAAGUUCUUAGCGCUGAAUCCUCUUUACGAGAUGUUCCCCCAACAACAUAUGCUGAUCGAGUAUUUUCGAAUGAAAUAAGUAUUGCUGUUAGUGUAACCGAGAAGAACUAUGCAGAUUAUAUGUUUAGGGAAGCUCUUAAAACUGGCUUUUAUGACCUUCAAGCUGCUAGAGAUGAGUACAGAUUUUCGUGUGGUUCGGAUGGAAUGAACCGAACUCUUCUUUUCCAGUUCAUGGAUGUUCAAACGAGGCUUAUAGCUCCGAUCUGUCCACAUUAUGCUGAAUACAUAUGGAGAGAGUUAUUGAAGAAAGAAGGGUUUGUUAUUAAAGCUGGCUGGCCCGAAGCUGAAUUACCCGAUCUUACACUUAAGAAAGCGAAUAAAUACUUACAAGACACGAUUGUUUCAAUGAGGAAGCUUCUUCAGAAACAGCUUACAGGUUCGAAGAAGGGUAAGACAAAUGUGCCGAAUAACCCUGAUAAAAUUAAGGUUGGAUUAAUAUAUGUGAACGAGCAAUACGAUGGGUGGAAGAAGGAAUGUUUGAAUAUACUUCAAAGUAAGUUUGUCAGGGAAACUGGUGGUUUUAGUCCUGAUCAGGAGAUUCUUGAAGAGUUGAAGAAGAGUUUGGUUGGGCAAGAAGGAAACUUUAAGCAGAUUCAAAAACUAUGCAUGCCUUUCAUGAGAUUUAAGAAAGACGAGGUGGCGACUGUUGGAUUUCAAGCGUUGGAUUUCAAGUUACCUUUUGGGGAGAUUGAUGUUCUUGUGGAGAAUUCGGAGUUGAUUAAGCGUCAGCUUGGCCUUGAGCAACUUGAGAUUUUGUCGAUGACUGAUCCGAAUGCUGUAUUGAGGGCUGGAUCUUUUGCGACACUUCUAAAGCAGAGUCCACCAUCACCCGGAAAUCCAACCGCGAUCUUCUUGGCCUGAGUAUGAGUAAGCUUUCGUUUAUCAAAUUAUAGGCCUGCCUGUUUGGUUGUUUUUUCUUUCAACUUUCUGUAUUGACUUAUUUAUUUCAGUUUUCUGUAUUAACUUAUUUAUUUUUGCAAAGAUUGAUGAUAAUAAUCAUGUAUCUGACUGAUUUCAGUGAAAUUUUGUAAGGAUAUUCUACUUUGCUUUCUUAAAACACUUACAAAUUCAAUGUUAUUUAAGCCUUUGAUUACAA